AUGGAAGACAUGCGUAAUAAUCUAAACAAAGCCGAAAUGGAAAUACAUCAGGAUGAGGUGAAGCUUGAACUGCUAAAGUAUUAUAAAACGUCGCUUAUUAUUGGCUUGCUCAAGCAACCGGAUGCUCCAAUAUCGAUUGAAAACCGAGCAUUACUUGCAAUAUAUAAGUACGAUGGUGACAUACCUUUAGGACUAGAUCAUAUUCGGAACAUUGAUACAAAUUAUCACGAGCGUCUAGCGAUUAGUAAGUAUGUCGAAUCUAGGAUUCUGGAACAAGUGCGACCGUUUGUAGAGAAAGCAAAGCGAUUUACUGGAGGCAAUUUGGAGCAACUAGCUGCUUCACAAUAUCAGAAACAGUAUGAUAACCUACACAAUGAUGUAGAACGACAACAACUUUUGAAGAAUCUUGCCCUGUUGAAAGUUCGCAAACUUCAGCUUAUGAAAGCAUGUGCAGAAAUUCGUACUGGACCAUACCAACGAAACAACGUCGAUUUGAAACAUGUUGAGGCUCGAUACUUACAAACGAAAUCUGAGUUGCUACAGAAGUUGUCAACGAACGAAAUCCUUAGCUGCACUUCGCAUACUGUCAAGGCAAUUAAGGACGUUAAGACAAACAUUAAUUCAUUGUUAGGUAAUAGUGAUUAA